UCUCGAUCUCGAUGGUCCAGUUGUCAAACUAUUAAUUUGUGACCUCAUACCUCAAAUUCUAUGAUCACCAUAGAUAAUUAAUUCAGUUUCAAUGACCUGGACGCCAUGUUGAAUAAAAUAUAUCAAUUCGAAUAGAAGCUAGAAAUGGUGGCUGCUCCGUUACGGAUCUCACGCAAGCGCUUAGGUAAGCGCGCACCAGGUAAAACAGUUGGAGGGGACAAACAAGUUUGAAAUUUUUAGUUAGUAAAAUGCCAAGAUAGUGAAAGCACUAUUCAACUGUACACAAAUCGCUGCCAUAUGAUAAUGCGACUGCUGCCGUACUCAAAACACAAAAUGACGAAUUGACAAUGUGGAAAAUUGUAGAAAACGUAUCGCUUCAUCACCUAACAUAGACCAUCGGAAAUACGUUAAACAUCAUCCGGCAGGUGUUUAAAGGUGAACACAGACAAUCGAGUGUGUUUCUUAACGUGAAAUGGCGUGCUGUGUUGUGAAUUUCUGAAUUGUGAAACAAUUUUCGGAAUUAUGAAGGUGACUGUGUGUUUUGGAAAUGUGAGAGUUGUAGUGCCAUGUGGAAAUGGGGAUAUUUUCGUCAGGGAUCUGAUCAGGGAGGCUACGCUGAGAUUCAAAAAGGCAACUGGCAAGGGUUCAGCGUCAUGGGUAUCGGUCCACAAUCUACAAACUCAAGGUGGAGGCAUCUUAGACCCAGACGACAAACUUUGUGACGUUGUUGACGAUAGGGAGCAGAUCCUCGCCAGUUUUGAAGAUGGCGAUGGGCCUCACCAUGGUGGUGGAGAUGGAGCCAGUGGAAGUUCAGUUGGCACGGGGAGUCCCGACAUUUUUCACGACGGUGACAAAUAUGGAACCUCCUACCCCCAAACGGACAUCGAGGUGACAGGGGAACAGAUCGCCAACGGGGUGCCAAUAGGAUCGCUCCAGGUGCGUAGGGGCAGCGAGCCCGCCCUAAACCAACUACCCCCAGGCCCGCCACUGCCCUCCGCCGACAACACCAAGAGGUGGAGCGCCGCUCCCUUGAUAUCCGAUCCCCCGCCCUCUCUCGGUUACAUCGGCGGCUACGUGGACGAAGAUGACGCCCCCGGCUUCAGAAGAAUCCAGAGGGACGGCAGCAACAGGCUGUCUAUGCAGUUCUUCGAGGACGGAGCAGGAUUCAGAUGGGCAGAUGCAGCAGAUAGGGCCAAGGCUAGAGUCCAUACGAGUACAUCACUUCCAAGAGAACACAAAAGAAAGGAACCCCUUGGUCAGGCAAACAUAGCUACAAGUCCGACUCCUUCAUCAGAACCAAGUGAACUGAUUCUUAUAAGAAACGAACUUGGUCCUCUGGGAAUCCAUGUUGUGCCCGACUACGACAUCUAUGGAAAAGAUAAGGGACUUCUUGUUCAAGGGAUUGAACCUGGAGGCAGGAUAGACAGGGAUGGUAGACUGGCCAUAAACGAUAGAAUUAUAGAGAUUAACGGACAGAAUUUGUUAAAUAUGCCUUUUCAACGAGUCCAAGAUAUGUUUAAGCUAUCCCUGACAUCUUCUGAACUCAGACUGAGAGUUGUGAAAGGCUACACGUCGAACGCACUCAAGAAGCAACCCAAGGGCAAAAAAUUCCAAGAAGACUCCUCAAUGGUGGAAUUUGAACCAAAACGUAAAUAUACACCAAACACAAAGGUCGCAACAGUGUCGCCAACCAAGAAGAUCCCAGCUGGUUCUAAAAACCUGAAGUCCUUGCUAUCUGCAAACACCAGAAAGAUCGGAAGGAAGAUCGAGAUAGAACUUACCAAAGGUCCCCAUGGAUUGGGGUUCAGUAUCACGACCAGAGACAACCCUGCUGGCGGGAAUUGUCCUAUAUACAUCAAGAACAUCAUCCCUAAGAAUUUACAGGGAGCAGCUGUGGAAGAUGGCCGUUUGAAGAUUGGCGACCGGUUGCUGGAAGUCAACGGUGUUGAAAUGACUGGCAAGAGUCAAUCAGAGGCUGUUGCUGUUCUCAGGAACGCACCACCCGGUAGCAAGGUUAGAAUCGUUGUGUCCAGGCAAGAAGACGUUGUAGAUACUGACAACGAACUUCCUAGGAUAAUUGAGUCUGAAGCACAAAAGUCGCCUGGGGAUGCAGUAGACCCUUCGACGUGUAGAAGUAGCGACUCACCUCCAACAAUCCCUCCCUUGCCUCAGGGCCAUCUUCAAGCCCUCCAAAAUAGGACUCCUGAAAGGGGGGGAACUGUAGCCAAAAUAGUGUCCCAAUUUCAGGACACACCGACAUCGUGCAAUCCUCCAGAAAAACUGGACGACUCCAUGAUCUUCCCUUGGAAGCACAAGGAAGUCCUAACCUACAACAUCCCCGUCUACGACACCGAGAAGGCCGGCCUUGGCAUCAGCGUCAAGGGCAAGACCAGCGGCAACCAGGACCUGGGGAUCUUCAUCAAGAGUGUCAUAAACGGCGGCGCCGCCUCCAGAGACAAAAGACUGCAAACAAACGACCAACUGCUCAACGUGAACGGCAUCUCGCUCCUACAACAGUCCAACACCGACGCCAUGGAGACCCUUAGGAAGGCGAUGCUGCACACGGAAGGACCCGUUCCCGGAAACAUCACCCUGACCAUUGCCAGGAGGGCCUCUUCGCCGCCUCCGGCCAAUAGGAACUACCCCGUGGGGCCGUCUUUGAGCAACCCCAACCUCCUGAACUCGAGCGAAGGAUCCGAGAUCUACCAGUCGAGCGACAGCAGCGACCCCUCGAAAAACAAUUCGGGAACCAGCAGCGGUUCCACCAACACUGUGAUUUAUAACCCUUACGUCCACAGCAGAGAGAACUCCCAGAACCACAAAAUGAACCAGAUACACAACUGGAACCCUGUGAUAGACCGAUUGGUCGGUAAUAGUAAUAAUAAGAAUAGCCAGUUGAGGAACGAGAGUUACUACAAGGCUACUCACGAUACCUGGAGUAGCAGUAUGUUAGCAAACAACCAAUCGUUUGAUAGUCAUCAUUCUACGACCACCGUUACUUUGAAUGGUGGAGAACCUAUAUUGAUAGAGGAUGAGUAUGGUUCCAGGGUCCUCAACCAGCAAAGCACCAGGAUAAACGUUCACAUGACCAACAAGAUGAACCUCUCGAACGGCAGCAUCGUCGAGAGUAGGAAGGACCACGAGCCAGACGGCAAGGCUAGUCUCAACAGCAUAAACUGCAGCGACACCAGGAGCACCGAGUCCUCGCAGACCACGAUCCAAGGAGGCACUGACGCUACGUACGCCAGUCAGUUGUCCUUGGAGAACCCUCAGGGUUUCAGCAGGGACGCUUUCGGGAGACAGAGCAUGUCGGAAAAGAGACACGCCACUUUGGACGCCAAGAGCACUGAUACGUACCAGAGGACGAAGAAGUUGAGGGAGGAGAGGAACAAGGAUAAGGACUCUAAUUUGGUACGUGUUGGGUCCGUGGAAUCGGUCAUGAGUGUCACAAGAACUUCAGAACAUCCAGAAUACGCCGACAAGCUAGGUCAAUUGGGACCUUCUCUGGGCAUGAAGAAGUCCUCCAGUUUGGAGUCCCUGCAGACCAUGGUCCAAGAGAUCCAAAUGCAGGAAGAAGGCGACCCGGCCUACAGCUACAGAGGUCCAUCUGGCGCUCUGAAGGUGAUAAGAGGAAGAGGCUGCGAGGAGAGCUUCAGAGCGGCUGUGGAUGACAGAAUCGUGGAUCCCAACCACAGGAGUGAGAUAUCCGCCAAGAAACACUGGCUGUUGGAUCCACCGACGGAAAGCGAGAGGGAGGUUGAGGGUUUCAACAACGUGAGGGGAGGUCCCAGACAGUCCUCGUUGAACGCAGCUUUGGACAGCAAACACAAGUCGGCCAAGAAGAAGCCAGGAAUACUGAAGGGGAUUGGCUCUAUGUUUAGGUUCGGCAAACACCGCAAAGUGGAUUUCCCUAACGUAGACCCUCACUAUCACCAAACAGGAGAGUUCGACAAGGCGCAACCUCAAAAUUCCGACAUCCCCGAAGAUCAGCCCUUAAAUACAUCCGUCCAACAGCAGCAGCAGCAACAACAGCAACAACAACAGGUAGAAGUUCAUCAGUCUCACCCUUCCGAAAGGAUACACGAACAGCCGGAUAAGACGCAGCAACAGUUGCAGCUCCAACAGCAACAGCAGCAUCAGCAGCUUAUGAGACAACAGCAGCAACAGGCUAACCAUCGGGAACCCCAACAGAAUCACAGGGAGAACGGGCAACCUCUGUACCAGAGACACUUCGUUCACCGUCAUGCUGAACAAGUGCAGGUAAUACCGGAAAACUCGGUGGCGCCACCUGUAAAAUACCGCAACAACGGCGAGGUCCAGAGGCGGUCUGAUAGGAAACUGCACGAGCAGCGCCAGGCGGCCAGGCACACGUACUACCAGUCGGACGACAGGGAGAACCUGUACGACCACGCCAGGCAGCAGCAACAGCAACAAAGGGUUGCCGAACCGACGUACGCUGAGUACGGGGGCAGGCCGGGCAGUCGAUCUGCGGUGGCCGAUUCCGUCCCUUUCACCCACUACGUCAACUACAACGAGCUGCAGAGCCAUCUAAGCAAUCGGAAAGAACCCUUGUCUGACAGUCAAAUAGUUCAGAUGCGUCUGCAAGUGCAGCAGCAAAGGUUAAAGGUGGAGGAAGAAAGCCGCAAACAACACCAAUACCAUUCCCAACGUCAGGCUAAAGCGGACACCCAACUUCGACCCAUGUCCAAUUUCUACGAGUACGAAAGUGUCCAGUCCAUUCUCAACAACCGCGGUAGGUCAAAUGCUCCAUCCCAGUACGUGAAGCAGCCCUCCUCGAACCACCAUUACCAAGACAUCAACUCGAAUUCCCUGCCGAGGAACCAACAGGGUCAACAUCCGCAAAUCAGAGGCAGUCAAAGGGGGCCCUUCGUAACUCAAGUCACUAUCGGUGAGCAGAACGGUACUAAAGUAUGAUAAUAAUUGUUUCGGUAAAGGUGCACUUUAACGAAAACAGCUGGAACGUAUUUUUUCCAGCUGUUGUCGUUGAAGGCUCCAGAUGAUGAAUUAACUUCGAAUUAAGAAAAGAUUCAACUGGAUUUUCUCUUUUUGUAGUUCGAAGUGUUAAAAUUGAAUUUUUUUCGAUAUUCUGUUUGCAUAUUUUAUCAUGGAUAAAAGACUGACCUUAUUACAAUCUGUCUUCGGUUUAAUUUACUUGUGAGCUUUAAUUUACAACACAAUGUCUUUUUUUAUCGACAAUUAUAUUAAUCAAUUUGUAAUUCCAUAUUUUGAACAACACUUGAAGUGUAAUCGCUAAACUGUGUAUUUUUAUUCAGUGAAUUGUUCGACCAAAUAUCUUCAUGUUAUACUUGAAUUUUUAUUAUGUAAUUAUACUUUUUUAUGUUUACUCGAUUUUAUUGUGAGCUAUUAAAGUAGAAUGAAAUUGUAUCAUCGAUCAUGGUAAAUGUUCUUAUUUAUGUAAAUAAUUCUUAUAUUUUGUAUAUUUUAUUCGAUUUUACUCCAAUAAUUAUUCGAAAUGCAAUGAUCCAUUCCAGAUUCUAACGAUCAUCACGAUCUGUGUAUAAUUUUAUUUAGUAUUAUAUUAUAUAAUUGUUGCAUAUUGAGGCGAAUUUCUAUUUAUUUGCCAGCUCAAAGUGUCUUCUAUUAGAUAGAAUUUUAUAAAAUUGUAUGUAAAUAAACCCCUUAUAUUUUUUAUUGUAAAUAAUAAACAAAUUUUAAAACAA